CAUGUUUGUUUGCUUGCUUGCUCUACCUGUAUGAAAUAUGCAUUCCAUAGCGAACACAUCACAUUUCACCCCCCUCAAAAAGUUCGCCAUGCUUUUAUUGAGUCACGUGAUCGAAGAAAAUGGCUUCUUGAAGCGAGUUCUGUCAAAUGUGUUGCUAAAACUCCGGUAAAAGUAGAAAUUCUAGAUACCUGAAACUGAAUGCUAGUAUUAAUAUUGGACUGAAGGAUUUGUAACUUCAAUCUCAGAAAUCGUUAUGCAUAAGUAACCAUUCUACUUUCGGUUUUUCGUGAUUCUCAGGAAGAUGGGUGGGCAGCAGACCUCAACUGUCGUAACUUAAGAUAGCUAAUGUAAGCUAACUAACAAAUCUGUCUCGACAUAAGCACCAAAGUCAACCGAACAACAUGCCUCCUCGGAAAAAGCGAGAGAACAGAGACACCGAUGAUGGUCCCAGGAAACGACGACGAGCAGAUGAUCAGGAAGAGGGCAGAGUUGUCAUCUCAGACAGCGACGAGGAUGAAGACUUCAGACCAACAUCAUCAUCAUCAAGAGAGGAGCGCAGACAGGAGAAGGAGAGUAAAACACGAUCAAACGAGAUGACGGAGGAGAAGAUGCUGGACCUGGCCAUGAGGCUAAGUAAACAGGAGGCCAGUAGCGCUGCUCUCAGGCAACAACAGGAGGAGGAGGCCAUGAGGAAGGCCAUUGCUGAAAGCCUCUACGCAGACAGCCCUACUCAUCCCCACUCAGAAUCUCUGCUCGGGGCAGGGAGCCCUACCCAACAAUGUCAAAAUUACCCUCCAGAGGGAGAGAGCAGCAUACGUAAGCUCUCCUACCCAAACCAUGGUGUGGCUGACAGACAGGGAGCCCGCGGAGGAGGUGUUAGUGUAGGGAUGGCUCCCUCAGACAGGAGGGGGAAGAAGGAGGGAAGCCCAUUACGAGAUAUGCCUGACCUGUCUCAGACCCAGAAGGUCUACUCCCAGUCCUCCCCCCUCAGCCAAGCUUCCACCUCUGUGCCUCUCCCUUCCUCACAGGAGGAGGGGUCUUCUCAGAGGAACCUUUUCGGAGACCGCACAGCCAAAGCAAUAGAAUCUCAGGACUACAACAACUCCACAAAGAGUGACUCCCAGUCCCAACUCAGGAUCAAGUCCCCUGUGUUCCCUUCCACUACGGCCCUCCAAGCCAGCAAACCUGUCCUGUGCCUGGAGAAGCUUAGCCAGAACCUCCUUGUAGACUGUCAGGCCUCUGGGUUCUUACUAAAGGGUCAUCCCAGCUUAACGCUUACCACAAAGUCCCAGAAAUCUCAGUCUUAUCAGCCCAAGAGCCCCACAUUCUCCAAUACCCCUGUGUUCUCCAGAACAGAGAGAGGUGCAGGUGAGGAACCAGGCCAAGGGAGUCCCUCCUUUCCUAAACACGGCAUGUUCUCUAAUAGUGAUUCAGGAGAGGAAGAAAAAGAGGCCAGUCCCACCGUUCCAAAAAGCCUGCUCAUUUUCAAGACUGAUAGAGGAAAGGCAGAGAAACAAGGGAGUCCAACUUCUCCUAAAAGCACCAUGUUCUCUAAGACUGAGACCUUCACUGGAAGUCCAGUCUUUCCCAGAACUGAUCAGAUAAGGGACCAGGGUCCACAGAGCGCUGUUGAACAUGUCUCUACAACAGGAGACUAUGAGGAUGGAGAUAUAGAGGAUCCUCCAGAGUGUUCAAGUCAUAGGGUCCCUGCUGUGAAGAGCAGGGAUGGCUCAGUGUGCCUGCUACCACGCCCCAGAACAACCCUGUCCCUAAACAAGAGAUUUGUGCCUAUAAGGAAGACAGCUGGAGUUUCAGACAAAGUUGUUGACCAAAAGGAACGUGAGGGUGAAUCCUCGCAGAGAACUGUAAACAGGAUUAGCACGCCUGCAAAGUUGGUUGCAGAAGAAGACCUUCAUUCAGAAGAACUUACGUUGGCUUUGGAGACUCAGCCAAUGCAGGAGUUAACCAGUAAUAUGGCGCUACGCUGGUCAGAUGAUGACGAAGAGGAAAAUGGUCCUGCAAAGUCAGCUCACUCGCCCAGCCCAGUCUUCCCACAGGAGAAUGACCUCGCUCAGCCAAGCAACCAGGGUCUCUCCCCAAACACCCACCAUUGUUCCCCCCCACACAGGCACAGCCCCUGCCUCGUCCCCAAGAAACGCAUUCACACCGCCGAAGAUGCUGCGUGCGAGGAGGUGGAGAGCCAGUCCAAGUGCAUCCGGAAGAAGUUCACCUUCAAGGGCAUGUAUGGAGCCCCCCCUCCCUGUCUCCCCAGACAGGUUGCAGGUAGAGGGAGCCAGGAUAAGGCCAAAGCCGGAAGCCCCUCUUCCCACCAGGCCCAGUGCUCCUCCAGCCGCCUCUCUCCCCCCACAGACGGCCAGGGUGAUGGGGGAGUGGUGCGCUACUACUGGGGGGUGCCUUUCUGUCCGCGGGGGCAGAACCCAGACGCCUACACGCAGGUGAUCCUGUCCCAGCUGGAGGUGUAUGAGAAGAGCCUGAAGGAGGCCCAGAGGGGUUUGCUGAGGAAGGCAGGCUGGGGGGAGCCAGUCCUCCCUGGGCCCCCAGAGAGACCCUUCUCCAGGAGGGGACGCCCCGAGAGACACAGGGCCUCACGACUCCUGGAAGAGGAGGAGAGAGGGGAAAAACGUCAGGAAGAGCUAGUGGAGGUGGUAGAGGAUGAUGAAGAGGAGGGAGAGAAGAGGGAGAGACGGCGGUCACGGAGGGGGGCAGAAGGGAGAGGGAGGAGAGGAAGACAGGAAUGGAAGGACUGCCAGGCACUGUUUGUGUCCUCUCCUGAACAAGAGGAAAAAUCUCCCUCACCUGUAUUUCAUGCAGAUUCCAGUCAGCUAAUUCAACUUCGAAGGAGACUUAGUCUUAGAAGAGAAGAGAAAAGACUGGCAGAAACACAACUGCCUGACUUACCGGAGGAGAGGGAGGAAGACGAGAAGGAAGAAAAGAGGGAUGAUGAAGAGGAUGGAGAGAAGAGGGAGGAGGAGGAAGAAGAGGUGGAUGUCGGAGGCUUAGAAGUUCAAGAGACCCAACUCAGUGACGACAGCACUCAAGACCUCAUGGUCACCAGCCCUGAACAGCCCCAGCCAGAGAGCCAGUCCCUGCCUCGGAUCCAGACCUUUCUUUCAUCACCCCGUACUCUGGAACAGCGUGAAGAGGGGAUGUUGGUGGUUGGAGAGGAGGAGGAGGGGCGGAGGAGUGGCCCUGUGGUGAUCCCUGCUGUAGGAGAGGAUGUUAGGAUGGAGGAGGAGGGGGAUAUCCCAGAGCCUGCCUUCCCUCAGAGCCCCAGCCCCAGCAUGGACUGUCCCAUGUGCAUGCAUCCCUUCUGCCUGACGGAGAUUGAGAUGCACGCUGCCUACUGUGACGGUACCACCGAUAUCAUGGAGGAGGAAAUGGCAGAGAGCCACUUGCAGGUUUCAGUCAAGGCUCGUAGAAAGAGGACCAGAAGGGGAGAAAUCAUUGGAGAGGAGCAGCCCAGCUCUUCUGGCGCUGGCAACAGGGUGGUACAGGGAGAGAAGUGCUUCCUGUGUCAGCAGCUGUUUCCUCUCAAGGACCAUGAGAAGCAUGUAGAGGACUGCUUCAGGGACCAAGAGGUCUCCAAGGCUGCACCCAGAGACGGACAGGUACUCCAGAGUGGAGACUUGCUGAGUGCUCUGGACCAGACAGAGCAUAGAGAUUCAGGGACUGGUGAGGCCGAACCAUGUGAUACUACCUUCAAUAACCAACAAAGCCUGAUUGAUGAUCUGGACACAGCAGAAUCUGGGGGAAGUGGAGACUUCGCCACCCCAGGUUUCAGAGUGAGCACCUCGCCCAUCCAAUCCUUCACCCCUGUCUCAGAAGCCACAGACUGCCUUAUCGACUUCAAACGCCAAUGCUCUUCCUCUACCUCCUCUUCCUGCUCCAGGCCCAGCCAAAGAGGGAGAUUAAAACGAUAGUUUACUACAAAAUGUAAAAUACUGUCAACCACUUUUUUUUUAUACCACUGCAUAUCUUUUCUUUGUAUUGUUUGUUACACAGAUUUGAAUGAUAAUGUGUGUUAUUAAUAUGGUAUUAAAUUAUACUGAGAUACC